UUGUUGGGUUGGGUAUACAUUUUGUUCGCAAAAAGAGGCAAAAUUUUCAUUUACUUUCAAUUUUCUGGCGCAAUAUGGAAUUCUUUUAGAACAAAAACAUUUGCAAUAUGUACUUGCCAAUCUUAGCAGAAGCUACUUGUUUGGUAAACUAAUCUGCAAAUACUUUGCAAUUCCAUUACAACUUCGCCCGCUUAAUACUUACCGAGAACAUUCCGCAGUUUCUUGAGAAAUCUUUUACCCACAUGUCUGUGCAUAUCAAAGAAAAUAAAUUGAUUGGCCUCGAAAAGAAAAGUUUUAAAUUCUUUUGCGACUCGAGUCAAGAAAGGGCUCAAGAAGGUAUCUUAUUUAUCGGGGUUGCCAAACUUUUGAACAUAAUUUGUUUGAAAGCCGUGUACUUAUGUGAAACUCGGGAAAACAAAGGAAAGCUAUUCAAGGAAAAAAAUGGGGAAACGAAAUUUGAAAUAAAUCCGAAUCGUGAAAAUGGUCUGCAUAGGUAAUAGCUUAUGGAACUAACUAGGUAACCUGUAACCAGUAACAUGCAUAUGUAUGUACACGCCUAAUUAUGUACAAGUUACUGGGUUGAUAAAUAAUAUGCAUAAGUAACAAAGGUAUGUAUGGAAAUCGAUAAAUUGUUUAUCAGCAUCAGCUAACUUAUCUUAACCUGUUGUGACUAUAUACUUUUCAACAUCCAUUCGAUGACACCUAGUGGAAAACAGCAGGUUGUUGUUUAUAACAUUAAUUUUAACGUGACGAAAAAUUAAGUUUCAAUUUCUUUUGCUAAUAUGAUUAAAUUAAUAAAUCUAGUUAAUCUUUUCAUCGUAAUAUUAUUGGUCCUAAAUCUGGCCACUUCUCUCGAAGAUGCAGGCUCGUUUAAUCAGCAAACAUGUCCCUUGAAAGAAACCCAUUGGAGUAGCACACAAUUAAAAUGUGUCGCACAAGAAGGUUCAAGUUGUUCCGGAAUUAUUGAGUGCACGGACAACGCCGGGUGCCACGACUUUGAGUACAUUUGUCGUUGCAACAAUGGUUACGGAGUGUUCAGUCGGGAAAGAUAUUGUCUCCCAUCUUAUGGAUCGAGUUGCACAAAUGUCAGUUUUACAGAACGGCCCUGCAACCCGGACAACUUUCUCCAGUGCAAUGCCACCCAAAUGUGCGAUUGUCAAUCAGGCUACAUUUGGGAUGGAAGCAUGUGCCUCGCCCAGCCUGGUCAGAAAUGUGACUUGAAAGUCACCACGGACAUGACCAAAGCCUCCUUGUGCAUCCCAUCGGCCGAAUGCACGCCAGGAAAUAUAACUGGUGGUGACAGUGAUCCAUCUCAAUUAAGGCAAGGAACUUGUCAGUGUCCUUCUGGAACCCGGCCGGAAAAUGGUAGUGGCAUUUGCAGCAGCAGUACGAGCCGAAGACCUGGAGGAUUCUCCGAGAUAUUUUUAGCACUUCUCAUUACCAGGCUAAUAUUUUAACUAUUUAUGUUAUGCGUGUUUCGUGUCAUCAUUUCAAUGAAAGAAUUUGUCAUUAUCCUUCCCUUGCAUAGAAAUGCAAUUUCAGUAUUAAAGCGAGUGCAGUGUGUAUUUUC